CCUGCCCCUUUGCAGUUAUAUUAACAGUGGCCCCUCAUUUUUCUGUGAGCCCCACUUUGCUGCUGCUGAGUUCGCUAGCGGGUCACCUGGAAACACGUGGCGACACGGGCCACAUGACGUCAUCCCAGCAGGCUUGCGUCAUCGCCCCGGGUGCCUGGUGACAUCACCAGCCCGCUCGCGUCACGCGCACGUUCUGCUUCUCGUGGUCCUGCCCGGCCCACGCCAUCACCGGCCCUGCUCUGCGGGGUCACCCGUGCUCCCCUUCGCCGUCCGCUCACUCUGCCCUCCAGCCGGCCGACCCGGCCGCCGACCUUCCCCCGGCUCUGUCGCUCCCAAGGCUUUCUCCAGCCCUCCGUGCUCCAGGCCGCACACCUGAGGGUGGGACGCCCGGAGGCCGAGCCAGUGUCGGAUCAAACUCGGAGACCGAGCAGAGCCCAAACCGGGACGGGAGGCGGGGCGGGCGGAGGAAGCCAAGAGGCUCGAGACCGAGGCUCGCCCACCCCUCGGCGCCGCCAGACCCUGCGCCACUGGGGAAAUUUCCUUCCCGACUUCCCGCGCGGCCAGCCCCAGCUCCGUCCAGCCCCGGCUCCCGGACCCCUGGGCUGGAGAGUGAGCCCCGAGACUCCGCCCAGCCCCGGGGGGUCCCGGUCCCCGUUCGCCCCCAGCGGCCCCUCCCGGCGCGCUGCUCGGCCCUGACUGCAUUGAGGGGCGCGGGAUCACCCAGCCCUGGCCCCAGAGGUGUCGGAGGGGGGCGCCGGGCGGGGGGCCCCGCAUGCCUUUGUCGCCCGCGGAGGCCGCGCCCGGAGCCGAGGCGUGACUGACAGCGGGCGGGGGAGGAGCGCGGCCGCCGAUUGGCUGGAGCGAGUGUGGGAAAGAAUGCGGAGCCGGGUUCACACACCCCGCGGCGGCGAGGCCUUAAAUAGGGGAACGGCCUGAGGCGCGCGCGGGCCUGGAGCCGGGACCCGCCGGAGGGGCUCGGAUCCCCGCGCGCUCGCCGCUUGCCCGCCAGCCCGCCGUGGUCCCCGGCGGCGUGCUCCACCCGGCACGGGGGGGCGCGGGGCGCACCAUGGCCGCAGACACGCCGGGGAAACCGAGCGCCUCGCCGAUGGCAGGAGCGCCAGCCAGCGCCAGCCGGACCCCAGACAAGCCCAGGAGCGCUGCUGAGCACCGCAAGUCCUCCAAGCCGGUCAUGGAGAAGCGGCGCCGAGCGCGCAUUAACGAGAGCCUCGCUCAGCUCAAAACCCUCAUCCUGGACGCCCUCAGAAAAGAGAGCUCCCGCCACUCGAAGCUGGAGAAGGCGGACAUCCUGGAGAUGACCGUGAGACACCUGCGGAGCCUGCGUCGCGUGCAGGUGACGGCCGCGCUCAGCGCCGACCCCGCCGUCCUGGGCAAGUACCGCGCCGGCUUCCACGAGUGUCUGGCGGAGGUGAACCGCUUUCUGGCCGGCUGCGAGGGCGUCCCGGCAGACGUGCGCUCCCGCCUGCUGGGCCACCUGGCAGCCUGCCUGCGCCAGCUGGAACCCUCCCGCCGCCCGGCCUCGCUGUCCCCGGCUGCCCCCGCAGAGGCCCCAGCGCCCGAGGUUUACGCUGGCCGCCCGCUGCUGCCAUCGCUUGGCGGCCACUUGCCUCUGCUCGCGCCGCCGCUGCUGCCGGGUCUGACCGGGGGGCUGCCCGCCGCCCCCAGGGCGGGGCCGCAGGGCCCGGGGGUGCCCUGGAGGCCAUGGCUGCGCUGAGGCUGUGGCCCUGGGACUGCAUCGGAGGCGGCGCCCCGUUCUAGGGCCGCGGCCUUUGCCAAGACUGCAGCAGAGAAUACGUAUUUAUUAUUCCAGA